CUGAUCCAAAACUCCACAAGUCAUAUCCGAGACACACUAGGGUUUGAAGUCACAAUCUCUAACUCUCAUUCUGUGUUCAGAUCAGGAUCAGAUCCGCUUUGUUUGUUUCUAAACAUGGCAACUCAAAUGAGUAAGAAGAGAAAGUUUGUUGCGGACGGAGUGUUUUUCGCGGAACUGAAUGAGGUUCUGACACGUGAAUUGGCGGAGGAUGGUUAUUCCGGUGUGGAGGUUAGGGUUACGCCUAUGCGUACCGAGAUCAUCAUCAGAGCCACCAGAACCCAAGCCGUUCUCGGUGAGAAGGGAAGGAGAAUCAGGGAACUGACCUCAGUGGUGCAGAAGAGGUUCAAGUUUCCUGAGAACAGUGUUGAACUUUAUGCGGAAAAGGUGAACAACAGAGGUCUAUGUGCCAUUGCUCAGGCUGAGUCUCUUCGCUACAAGCUCCUCGGUGGUCUUGCUGUUCGCAGGGCUUGCUAUGGUGUUUUAAGAUUUGUGAUGGAAAGCGGUGCCAAGGGAUGCGAGGUCAUUGUUAGUGGAAAACUGAGAGCUCAGAGAGCCAAAUCCAUGAAAUUCAAGGAUGGGUACAUGAUUUCUUCUGGACAACCAGUCAAGGAUUACAUCGACUCUGCAGUCAGACAUGUGCUCCUUAGACAGGGUGUUCUUGGCAUAAAGGUUAAGAUCAUGCUUGAUUGGGAUCCUAAAGGGAAACAAGGUCCUAAAACUCCCCUCCCAGAUAUUGUCACAAUCCACACUCCCAAGGAGGAGGAAGAAUACAGCCACCCUGCUAUUGCUACUGCUCCUGUUUUGGCCAAUGAUAUUGAGGUUCCUGUUGCUUAAAAAUGUUGAUUGUUAAUAGGUUGUUGAAUUCCUAUGCAGUAUUUGUUGGAUUUCUAGUUCUAAAUUUUGGUAUUUAAGCAUAAACAGUUUUUUUAUGAUUUAAUCUUCUUUUGCUGAGCAGUGGAGAGUUUAAAUUUUGUUA